CCGGGAAAGGUGUAGGUAUCAUGUACGAGAUCCGUGUGAUCGAAAAUGAGAGCUAUCUGGAGGACUCCCAGAGGCUUCUAUACAGAGUCUACGUGGAGGAACAAGGAUGGUGGUUCAGUAAGAAUAAUCCCGCAGGAUUGAGGGUAAAAGAUGGAAGACUCAUAGACAAUCGCAGCUAUAUUGCGACAGUGUUUGAAGCGGUACAGGAGCAACAAUCUCCACACGAAGUUCGUGCGAGGCGUGAUGAGCUACUGCAUCAACAACAAUAUGUGCAUUACGAACCUCACGACAAAGAGUACGCUAAUAUUCUCAUAGUAGCUACUAUGAUUCAAAUGUGUACCGCUAUCGAUAAGUUGGAUAGACUCAUUACCGCUAUCGAUAAGUUGGAUAGAUUCAUAGAUAAAGGUGAAAGUUCGAUGAGUAGUGCAUCUUCUUAG